CCGGGAUCCCAGCUGAUCCCGGGGGAAUCUCAGGGAGGAAUCUUCAGGGACAAAGGCCUCAGGAGGCUCGGGCCGUGGGAGAACGGGGGCCGCAGCAAUCCAGGUUCUCGCGGCCUAGGCAGGGCGCGAGUGAUCCGCUGGUCGCUGCGGCGGCAGCGGGAAGACACCCGUUCCCGGCAGCCAGGCGGGGGCGCCCUUACGCGCCCCAGGGCUCCGGCCCGUGGGCUAGCGGGAGCCGCGGGCGGACCAUGAAGGGCGGAGCCCCACGGGAGGGGCUGGCCUUCACUCCCGGCUCCCCCGCUCCCCCCCAACCCCAGGCUGGAGCCUGGGAUUCCCCAGGGACUCCCCGGAGCCGCCGCUUCCCCCAUGGACUUGCCCGGGGACUCCAGCCCGCCUGGCCGGCAGGGUCUGUGCCGCCAGCCCCUGGCUCGAGCGUUAUGGGGAGCCAGGAGCCCCAAACGGCCGAAGCUGCAGCCCCUCGGGGCCCCUUCGCCCUUGGAAAAAGCCUCUCGGCGGGUCCUGGCCGUGGUCCUGGAAGAUGUCAUGGCUGCCCACAUGGUCCCCCUGGUGCCCCAAGAGGAGAUCUCCACCCCACGGCACCGCAGCAACCGUCGGGAUUCUGUCCACAGCCAUCCAUCUGCCUCGCCACCCCAACAGGCCACGUGGUCCCCACAAGCCAGGCCUCCCGACCCACUGCACUUAUGCCGAGAGCCCUUGAACCGUGUGCAUCGGCCCCCUUCCACACUGAGGUGGCGAUCAAGGACAACACCUGGCCUAGAGGAGGGCCCUUCACAAAAGGUGGACCAGGCCCCCCAGCCCACUCUGGUGGUGAUGCUAGAGGACAUUGCCAGCUCCAGACCCCCAGCGGAGGGCUUUGCCGAUGAGACUCCCAACUUCACCGUCCCAGCGAGAAGCACUUUCAGAAGCCUUAAGGGACAGGGGAGGUGCUGGCUCAGGUGGGAUCUGAAUCUGGAAGCUUCCUCAGCCUUUAACUUGCCCCUUCACCCCAGAGCUGAGCCAAGGAUGAUGGUUCACCAGCCAAAGCCUCCACCCAGGGAUGUGGAACCCCCAUUCCAGCCAUCUGCCCUGUCUGCAAACCCUCUGGAGAGCCCACCACCAGCCCCAGAUCCUGUUCUGGAGCUCCCAUCGACCCCACCGCCAUCCAGCCUUUUACGCCCCCGCCUCAGUCCCUGGGGCUUGGCCCCCCUCUUCCAUUCCGUCCGCUCCAAGCUGGAGAGCUUUGCUGACAUCUUCCUCACACCCAACAAAGCCCCACGGCCCCCGCCCCCAUCACCCCCCAUGAAGUUGGAGUUGAAGAUUGCCAUCUCAGAGGCCGAGCAGUCUGGGGCUGCUGAGGGCACUGCAUCUGUCAGUCCCCGGCCCCCUAUCCGCCAAUGGCGGGCCCAAGACCAGAAUCCCCCAGCACCUCUCCCUAAGCCCUCUCUGGGCCGAAGCCAAUCCUGCCCUGAUCUGGGGCCCCCUGGCCCAGAUACCUGCAGCUGGCCCCCUGCUCCACCCCACCCAAGCCGGCCACGGCCUCGGCGGCACACUGUGGGUGGUGGAGAGAUGGCCCGAGCCCCGCCACCCCCUCGGCCCUGUCUCCGGAAAGAGGUCUUCCCUCUUGGAGGAGUGGGAGGCUCUCCUCCCCUCGUCACAUCUUGCUCGUCUACCACGUCCACUUCUUCCUUCUCUGAACCUGCAGAACCCAGGUUGAGCUCAACCAAGAGGAAGGAGCCAAGGGCCUCAGAAGACCAGGUGCUUUCAGACCCCAAGACCAAGACCAUGGGAAAGGUUUCUCGAUUCAGAAUACGCAGGACACCGGCCCGUUCUCAACCAAACCUUACACCAAUGGGGCUGCCUCGACCAAUCAGGUUGAACAAGAAGGAGUUCAGCUUGGAAGAAAUUUACACCAACAAGAAUUACCAGUCACCCACAACCAGGAGGACCUUUGAGACCAUCUUUGAGGAACCCCGGGAGCGCAACGGGACUCUGAUUUUCACCAGCUCAAGGAAGCUCCGGCGAACUGUAGAAUUUCGGGACAGUAGUCUUCCUCGAUCCCGGCGGCCAUCUCGCGGGGCCCGGGUUGCAGCUGGCAGGACCCUUACUCCCAAUCUGGCCCCCAGCCCAGAUGUAGGACCCCUGCUGCAGCAGCGACUGCAGGAGCUGGAUGCCUUGCUCCUGGAGGAGGAGGAAGGGGAUCGAGAGCGGCCCCAUCGGACUUAGAAGCUCCAUCUGUUUGUCCACCCAUCCUGGAGGGAGGGGAAGUCUCUGAGACAGUUAUAUUUUUUUCUCUGUGUUUCUAGUAAAGUUUUCGAUAUGUUUCUGA